AUGGGCAUUGAUCUACAGCUCGCCAGGGUAGAGAAACUACUCUCGAAGCUUGAUUUUCGCCCAGGAUUCAGAGCAGUUCACAUUGCAGGCACAAACGGAAAGGGAUCAGUAAGCUCGUACGUGUCUCAUGCGCUCACUGCUCAAGGAAUCCGCAACGGACGUCUGAACUCGCCCCACCUGCUAUACAGAUGGGAUUCUGUGCAAAUAAACGAUAGAGCAGUGUCAGAAGGAGACUUUGCUGCGGCAGAGGGCCAUGUUCGUGACACCGAUCGUCGAGAUAACAUCAAAUGCACGGAGUUCGAGCUACUCACCUGCACAGCCUUGAAGAUCUUCAACGAACAAGGAGUGCGGGUGGCAGUCCUGGAAACGGGCCUUGGGGGACGGUUGGAUGCGACCAACGUGCUCUCAGCAUCCGCAACAUUGUGCACGGCUAUAACGAAAAUAGGAUUAGAUCACGAGCAGUUGUUGGGGGGCACACUGGAGAAGAUAGCGAACGAGAAGGCAGGAAUUAUCAAAGAGGGUGUCCCGUGCGUUGUGGACGGAUCCAACGAAAGCUCUGUAUUGCGCAUAAUUGAGGAUGUCGCAAGACAGAAGGGCUCAGAAUAUAUGUUUGUGAGUGAUUCUCCGGCCCAGAAGUUUGACUGUUUGGGAGCACGUCUAGGUGAUUUCCGUACCAGCCUCCGCGGCGAGUACCAGCAGAUGAACCUUUCGGUUGCCCUUGGCAUUUUGGAUGUUCUUUCACGUACAUUCCGAAUUCAAAAAGAGGCCAUAGAGCGAGGCAUCAGGAACACGAGUUGGCCAGGUCGACUGCAGAAACUGGAUCUCAAACUCAGGACAGGUACAGUCCCAGUUCUGCUUGACGGAGCGCACAAUAGUCAAGCAGCAGAACAGCUUUCAAAGUACUUGGGCUCAUCUCGAUCAACUGGAGUCACCUUUGUUGUUGCAAUGACGUCAGGCAAGGAUGUCUCAGGACUGCUUCAGUGUCUCAUCAAGCCGCAAGACACAGUAAUCUUCACACAGUUUACGGAACCCGUGGAUGGGAUGCCCUGGAUCGAAAGCUAUUCCCCAGAGGAAUUAUCUUCUAGAGCGCGGCUCAGCUUCCAAGCCACCAUCGAGCCUAAUUUGGAAGCAGCAUUAUCAAGGGCCCAACGUACCCACAAGCCCAUCGUGAUCUGCGGCAGUCUCUAUCUGGUAGCGGAGGCGCUGCGUCUGCAUCUACGCAAUGGAGGAGUCCAGACAUGGUGA